AUGAGGAGUCACCUGGCAGAUAAACCAGAGAUCGUCUUCAAGAAGGAAGAAAAAAGAACGAGCACGAAUAUCGACGAGUUUGCAUACGAAGACGAAAACAAUACUAAAAAAGAGCUGACGAAGAAGAAAGCGACGCCGCCAUCGCCAUCGAAGAAUGGUAAAGGCGUGCGCAUAAAAGUAGAAAGGCGAAAGAACAAAGUCGUUACAGUCGUGUCUGGUUUAGUAAACCCAACGAAAGAGCUGGUGACGAAACUGAAAAAGGUUUUGGGCGCGGGCGCUUCCCUCGACGCGGAUACGAAGGCGUGUAUUUUCCAGGGCACGCACGCCAACGCUCUCGAGGAUAUGAUUAAAGCGAUGGGGUAUAAAGACGUGAAAAUAGUCAAGUAG